AUGGAAACCGAACAAAGUUCUGAAGAUCAGCACCCCCAAUAUGACGGAGCUGAUGCAAAUUUUGCUUUUGUGGAUAUGAACGAUGUUGUUGAAGUCAAUGUCGAUGAAGAUGCACCCAUGGCUGAUGAUGACAACGGCGACGGUGGUGAUGGCGAGGCCGUCGUGGACAUGUCUAAGCUUAAGAUCGAAACGCACACGGACGCAGUUUACACCGUCGCUGGACACAUUGAAAAUGGGGUUCUGUAUGUCCUUUCAGGCGGUGGUGAUGAUUUAGCGUUCUGUCAUAAAGUGACUUCAGAUAUAUCGGAAAGCAAGAAACUAGUUUUCGAACACAAGGAUACCGUUUCCUGUGUCGCAUACAAUCUACCGUACGUCAGCCCUGAUCUGAGCAAAACACCCCGUCUCGCAGCAGUGGGUUCGUAUGACGGAACCAUCGUCUUGUAUGAUCCAGACACAGCAGAACAAAAGCUAAAGUUGGAAGGCCCGUCCGAUGUGGAAUGGUUCUCCUUUCAUCCAAAAGGAGGGUCUGUAUUGUUGGCCGGAUCUGGGGACGGAACUGUGUGGAUGUUUCACAUACCAUUGAAUCGUUGUCUCCAAGUAUUUGUUGGCCAUGAGCAAGCGGUCACAGCUGGAUGCUUCUCGCCAGAUGGGAAGUGGGUGCUAACUGCCAGUGCUGAUGGAACAUUGCGUAUUUGGGCUCCAAAAACUGGGAUGAGCAAGCAUGUAUUCCGUCUUGGUGAAGCUGGGUUAACUUGUCUUGCGAGCAAUGGUGGGAGCGAUAGUAUGCUUGUCCUAGUCGGAUCGGAAGAUGGCAGUGCUCACGUGUGUCAUAUUGGGACAAAAAAGUUGGUCACGACGCUUCGUCAUUUUGAAGCUCCUCUUCAGGCGAAUGGAGUCGAUAAUGAAGAGAUGGAAUAUCCAAUGAGCGUCGAGGCCGUAGGCUUCUGCCCGUUCCAGCAAUCGUGGUGCGCAACAGGGGGGAUCGAUGGUCGUUUGAAGAUUUGGGAUUUGACGAAAGAUGGAUUAUGCCGGCAUGCAUGUGUCCCACCAGGCGAAGAAAAGGACAGCAUAACUCGCCUGCGUUGGCACCCGAAACUGCCAGUUGUAUUCACAAGCUCUGUUAGUGGAAUCAUUCGCUUGUGGGAUGCCAGAAACGGCAGCUUGGUACAUACUGUCACAGGCCAUACCGAAACCAUAAAUGACUUCGACAUCAACUUCUUUGAAAAUGGAGUAGCAGUAAUUGCCUCCACUGGUGAUGACAAGACCAUCCGAGUCUUUGAAGUUGAUGUCACAGCCGUUCUCCGCCAAGCCUCAUUGGUUCCUUAA